UGCCCUGUCUGUCUGGGAGGCCCAGGCCCUGGUAACAACUUCUACCUUCAGCCUCCGCUGCCCAGGCUGAGACCAGGCCCUCCCCAGGGUCAUGUGGCCCCUGGGUCCCCAUCAGUAGAAGCUGAUCACCUCUCCCCAUGUCGUGCAGGUCCAGAGCCAGGGCAGCCUUCUCUCUUCCCUCAGUGCCGCCUCCCUAUAUAAACCCCUACGGGAGCCUGCUGUUUGCCUCCCCCCACCGCCCCAGCCCACCUCAUUGCCAUCCCUGCCACCCAGGCACCAAAUGCCCGACACCUCCAGUUUCCCAGCCUCCCCCACAGACCCCACUCAAGCACUGCUGUGUCCCAGGGAUUACUGUGCCCGUGUGGCUGACACCCUGCCCUCAUCGCCCGGCCUCGCUUCUCGAUCGCAUCUCCGUCAGCCGCCUCGGCCUCUUGCUCCCAUGGGGGCCGUGCCUAGAUCCGCCCUCCCUGCAGGUCUUCAGCUGAAGGAUCAGUCUCUCGGCCUCGCCUCCUGGCAUCUCCCUCCCUCCUCCACUCUGACGCACACCUGUCCCUAAUCCUCCUUCUGGCCUUGGGCAUUACCCGUGGACUCUCUCCCUGUCUGCCUGUCUUCCUCUUAUUGGCCUUGGCCUUGGGCUCCAUGGUCCAUCACCUCAGCCCGUCUCUCAUCGGUGUCCUUCAUUCAUGCAUUCAUUCAACAAGCCUGUUCUGAGGGCCUCCUGUGGGGCAGGCCCUGUUCUAGGCGCUGGCUUAGAGUGAUGAACGAGACAGAUACCGUCCCUGCCCCCUUGGGGCUUUGGGUCUAGAGCAAAUGUACCAAUAAAAAGCAAAAGUUAGGGCUGGGAAGGAGAGAAACACUCCUCCUUAGAAGGAAGGAGAAGCCACCCCAACAGGAACUCCUUCCCCAGCCGCCUUGCUCCCUUCUCCUCUGCCCUCCAGCUCCACAGUAAGAGGCGCUGUGAGGGCCAGGCCCUUUGACAUCUCCCAUUCUCUCAAUACCCUUGGAGAAUUGCCAGAACUUACCCCAGGCCUUGAGGUGUUGUCUAAACGGGACCAGGUGCUCUGUCCCCGUUUUUGUCCCCCUGCUGUUCGGGUAGCCCAAGAUCCCACUCACUUACUUAGCCUCCAUCUAGAAAUUUGACUGUGCUUGUGGUCCACCAGACCCUUCAGAUUGUUUCCAGUUGUUAAACUUUGGCCUGUGCCUCUGUCCUCUUUUUUGUGUGUGGCACGUCAUGGCAGCUUCCCCUCUCCCCAGCUGCACUCACACACUCUAGGUCUUCCAUUUGCCCGUUUGUGAUAGCUGAGCUCCUGGUUCCGCCUCAGACACUGGGGAUACAGAUGUUUGUCGGAUUCUUCCUCGGCCUCAAGUCUCCUGGGGGAAACUGAGGAUCCAUAUGGGUGGAGUAAGUGGUGGGAUUUUAGUAGGAGAGAAACCUGGUCACGUGGCCGCCAUGUAGCGCAGGGCUGAGGCAGGGCCAGCAGGCAAGAAUCACCUGGGUCAGAGAUUCUCAGAGCACGGUCUCUGGACCAGCAGCGCCAGCAUCACCCGGGAGGUUGUUAGAAAUGCAGACUCUCGGGCCUCAUCAGAGACCUAUUACAUCAGACACUCUGGGCGUGGGGCCCACCGUCUGUGUUUUAAGUCCUGCAGGUGAUUCUGAUGCUCACUAAAGUUUGAGAACAGGGGUCUGGGUGAGAGAUGGUCGUGCCUGCGCUGGAGUCCUGGCAGCUGGGAACAGGGGAAGGGGCCUCAGGGUAUCAGGGUAUCUGGGAGGCAGAAUCGACAGGCCUUGGCGAUGGCAUGUGGAGGGGUGAGGGUGAGGCUGAGUCAAGGAUGGCUCCAAGGUUUGCUUGGGUGACUUCAAAUCUCAAAUCAGUGGCCCUGUGGUCCUUGUUCCCCCCUCCUGCCAGAGGGUCUUUCAGCCUGGGCUUAGGUGCCUCCAAGUGAGCUCUUGCUGCGGGUUCUUCACAAACAAGCCGCUCCCAGCCCAUCCGUGGUAGUCAGGGCCGUUGCCACAGCAAUUGACAUCACGGUCUGGUCCCGGAGGAGCCUGUCACCCUCUUGCCUGCCUGCGAUGCCUCCAUUACAGCUUCAACUGGCAGUGGAGAGGAGGCAUUUGGGGACUCCCACCCUCCUACACACCCCAUUUUGAGGACUGGGUGGGGCUGAGGAGGGCCCUUGGCAAAAAAGGGAGGGAGAGGAGGGCCAAGGAUAGGCGGGGCCCUCCUUGGUGGCCUCUUCCCUUGGUGGCGAGGCCCCAGCCACUCGGCUCGUGGACGGUGGUGGCAGCAGCGGCAGUGAGCCAUGGCAGAGGACAAGCCGAAGCAGCUGCAGCUGGAGAUGCCCCUGGUCCCCGACGAGUACCUGACCAGGCAGAUGCGGCUGCGCGUGGAGAGCCUGAAGCAGCGUGGGGAGAAGCGCCAGGACGGCGAGAAGCUGCUGCGGCCGGCCGAGACCGUGUACCGCCUCGACUUCGUGCGGCAGCACAAGCUGCAGUUUGAGCGCUGGGACGUCGUGCUGGACAAGCCGGGCAAGGUCACCAUCACGGGCACCUCCCAGAACUGGACGCCCGACCUCACCAACCUCAUGACCCGCCAGCUGCUGGACCCCACCGCCAUCUUCUGGCGCCAGGAGGACUCGGAGGCCAUGGGUUGGAACGAGGCCGAUGCCCUGGAGUUCGGGGAGCGCCUGUCGGAGCUGGCCAGGAUCCGCAAGGUCAUGUACUUCCUGAUCACCUUCAGCGAGGGCCUCGAGCCCGCCGACCUCAGGGCCUCCGUGGUCUUUAACCAGCUCUGAUGGUGGCUGCUCGCUGCGGCCCCUCCGCUCACCCACUUGCCCUGUCCCCUGCCGGUACCCGCUUCCCCCAGCCGUGUGUCUGGGAACAUUCUUCCAGCUGCUGGCCUCUACUCAGCUUGGCGGGGACCCCCUGAGCCUCGUCCUUCCUCCUCUCCUUUCUCUGGUGCUGGCGCUCCUGCUCAGGGAGGCCGAUGCUCAGGCUCUAGAGUCUAGAAGCUGCGCCAGCUACCACUGCUUUUGCUGUAGACCAGGAGGCCUGGCCAGGGCUAGUGCGGGAAGACGGAGCAGCCGUGGGUCUCUGCAGUCCCUCUGCAUCAUUGUCAGGAGAGCAACUGAGAGGGACCGAGAGACAGACAGACACGGACACAGAGAGCGAAAUCCAAAGAACCAGCCGUCAGGCUUCUUCUGGAGAUGGGGAGACAGAGACGAUAGAGCAGCCUCCUUGGAGAAUCCAGCAAACAGGCGUCUGCACCCUUUGCCGCCGCCCGUGUCCAGAGGUGAAUGCAGCCUGAGGACCCAGGAAGGCGCCGCUCCUGGCACGGGCCUGGUGUGGUCCCUCGACACCUCGGGGACCCUCAGGACGUCGGGAGGCUACUGUGGGGUCGAUUUGGGCAGUGGGGAGUGGCCGGCACGCUGGAGGCUGUGCAGGGCAACUCUUUCUCUUCUGGGGAUGACUUCAGGACGGGAGAAGUGAAGGGGAGAGUAUGAAAAAGUCACGUAGAGAUCUAUCUAUCCACAGACAUCAAUAUUGAGAGAGCAUGCUAUAUUCACAUGGAUAUAUGCUAGAGUCUAUACCCGCCCUGCGAACAAGUCUGAUUGUAGGUUAUCUAUUAUAUAAUUGUCCAGCCGGUUCUCGGGUGGCCCUUAGCAGAGGCUUGGUCAAAAUGACAUUGGGGAGGGGGCCUUCCUGAGCUGGGAGACUUUGAGGUUCCCACAGUGAAGCGGGGAACAGUGUGGUGCAGGGGUUUCCCUCUGUCUGGGGAGCUGGAUAGAGGGAUCCGGAGCCCUGGCGUCUUUAGUGGAUCAAGGGACAGGUUGGGGGCAGGCUGAUAGGGCAGUUAUGAUGGCUGAGGGUCAGAAGUGGGCUGCAAGUGACAGUGGGGUGUGACAGUGGGACAGUGGCCUCAGGUCAUUGGGUGCAACCCACUCACCAAACAGACGGCAACGGAGGCCUGAUCGUCAGCAGAUUCAGUGCCGGCCCCCAAGCCUCAUUCCUACUCACGCUGCACAGGCCCAGUGACCUCUUCUUUGAGGGAGGAGUCUGCCUGGCCUGGCAUCAGCCAAAGGCCCCUCAGGACGUGCCCCCGACACCCUGUCUCAAGGCCAGCCCUGUUUUUUGUCAGGAACGUGCCCGUGACGUUUGCCUCACGAAGCCGAGCCGUCGGGGGGCCGCAGGGCCCUGGGAACAGAUGCACUGAGAGACAGAGGGUGCGAGUCAUCUGUAAUUGCCAGGGCUGCCGGGAGGGGGAGCCCCACUCCAGAGGCCUGGAGGCCUGCCAGUGGGAGGGGGGUGUUGAGUCGGGGGUCUUUGGCUGGGAGAUAGACUGUGGUGUGAGCUGUGGUCCUUUCUAGUUCCUGGCUCUGGGCUGUCCCCUGCGUGCUGGAAGAGGUCCCGGCAUGGCCUGCCUGGCUUCUCCGCUCGCUGUGGGGGGGAGGCCAGACCCCUGGGGGUGGCCCUGCCUUUCUGCCUUUUUGCUUGACCUCUCCCUGCAGCUCUGGGAGCAGACUGCCUGUACCCAACCCUCUCCCACCACAUCUGCCCCAUGUGGGCAUGUGAGUGCCUCUGCUGUGCCCACAGUGUGUCCUCAAUAAAGCCUGUGUCCCCGCCUCGGUGGUGUGCAGUCUUUCACCGCAUGCCACCCCCUCCCGUUCCAGGAGACAGGAGAUCUUAUCACCACCCUGAGCAUACCCUCCCCUGCCCCUCCCACACUCCUGACCCCUCCUCCCGCCACUUCCAGGGACAAGGCCCAGAGCAGUCAGGUGACUGGCCCAGCGUCAGACCUCAGGAUGGAGUUUAGAACCAAGACACCCAACCAGGAGCCAAUGCCCCCAACAGUUUCUCUCCAGUGGCCCGCAGCCCGGCCUCUGUCGGGAUGUGGAGAGAGCCAUGCUGAGUCUACAGGGAGGCGCCAUCACCAUCUGGUCCUUGGCAAGCGAGGCCUGGAGGGCCUGGGUGGGGACACACCAUGCCAUGCUCAAUUUUGAGACUCCCUCCUUUGCAGGGUGGCCGGCACGGGGUAGACGGGGCAGGGGCAUGGCAGGGGUGGGCUGGGGUCAGGCCUGUGCCCAGGUUUAGUCCAGACUCUGUUGUCGCCAAUUUGCUGCAUGUCCUCGGGCAGCCCCUGACGCUGUCCCAGACUCCGACUUUCUAGAGGGAACAGCUGGUUCUGUGAAGUCCCUCCAGCUCUGCCCCACUGACCACAUCACCUCAGGGCCCCGCCCGACCUUUUUCAGGGCUCGGGCCCUUGCCUCUCUCUCAGGCUCACCCAUUUUUUGGACAGAGACAACCGAGGCCCAGAGGAGAAGGCCACCUGCCCAAGGUCAUAGAGGCCAGGGAGGGGCCAGAGGAGGGGUGUGAGUGGACCAUGCUCUGCGUCUGUGGACCUCUGACCCUGUGACGCUGGCCCCCUGGGAUGGGCAGGGGCCAUGCGCCCACCACACCUGAGGGCCAGACCCGGGUGAGGCCAACUUCUUCCUGGAGACCAAGGUCAGCCCCUGCUUCAGAGGCCACACUUGGCCACACUUUGCUUCAAAAUGCUCCCCAGGUCUCACACCCCCUCCUCCUCCACCCCAGAGCCACCUCGCUUCCCUUCCCCAGCCCUGCCCCCACCUCCACCUCUUAGGGCUCUCUGCUUCCAGACAUAGCCCUCCCCAAGCCCUGCCCUUCCAGCCAUGGCCUCUGCCACUCCUGAAGACUCCUCUGGGAGGGGUGGGGCAAGUGGAGAUGAGCCACCCGGCCCUUCCCUCCCCCUUCCCAGGCUCUGUGCUGAGACUGAGACUGGUCCUGAGGGAGUGCCGGGAGUGGGAAAUGAGGAGCCAUCUUGCACGGAAACCACCAGAAACCUUGGAGCAAAGAGACCUGCCAGAUUCCACGGAGACAGUGCGGCAUAGGGACCUGUCCCGGCUCUGCCACCGGCCACCUGUGUGACCCUGGGCAACCUCUCUGAGCCUGUUACCUCAUCUGUUGGGGGUGCUAAUAAUGGUGCCUCCCUCCUAGGGUCAUUGUGAAGGGUAAAUGGGUCAGUGUUCGUAAAGCAUCCGAGCUUCAGGACUGGAAUGUGGGCACUGUCUCUCGGUUUGCUCACUGUUAUUUUCUCGUCACUGUAGACACAUGGUCUCACUUUUCAGUUAUUCUGAAAAGAGGGCAGUAGGAGAACCUGUUUACCUAGGAGGAGCGCACGGUUCAGAGAGGUGCCUUGAACUGCCUGAGGCAGCACAGCAGCCCAAUGCUCAUGGCAGCAGGUGGAGUGAGGUGGAGGGACUGGCAGGGACUGGGACCAGGCCUGGCUCUGUAGUUGCAGAGAGCGGACACGGGGGAAUGGAUUCUCCUCUGCCACUGUCACCAGGCCCACAAUGGCCCAUCUGAGGGGACCUGUAGCCCUCACAGUGUAGCUGGGGAGCCCAGCGGGAGGGGGCCUGCCCCAAGGCUGGGGUCCCCGCCCAGGUCUCUGAGCCUCUGGCUGUGCUCACGCCCUGCCCUGUGAGCAGGAGGCCCUGGGGCCCCUGCAGGUGCGUCAGCGUCCUGCUCUCUGGGAGGCGAGCCGGGGGCUCUGCUCUCCUGAGGUGGCAGGUGGGGGCGCCCCAUCUUCCUGGUCCCUUCCGGUCAUGGCAUCUGAAACUCAGGAAUUUGCACCUCUUGGGGUCAGAAGCUGAGAACUUCAGCUUCAGAAGCUUCAGAUGCUCAGGACCAGGGACCCUGUAAUUUUGAGGACUCAGAGGCCUGUGGCUCUCCUCCCCUGCCGUGGGUGACACGGGAAACCCCACUGUGACCCCUCAUCCUGAGGCCUGGCCAGCCUCAUCAGAAAUGCUCCGCGCUGGCCCUCGGGGGUCCCAGGCAGAAAUCUUUGAAAAGCUCCUUCCCUGGGCCAGGCCUGCACGCACACUCACACAUACACUGACAGUCACACACUUGCACACUCACGUGCACACCCCAAUCACACAUGCAUCCCGAGCAGUGCUGCACCCCCCACCCCGGGCUCUUGACCCUCCCAGCCUCUCCUCUUCUCUCUGUCACAUGCCUGGGCAGGGGUCCCAGGAGGAUUUGAGCCCAGCCUCUUGGGUCUAGGUGGGACCCCCCCCCCCCUCCACCCACCCAGGGAAAACCCCGGGAGCACCAGGGGAUGCUGUGGUGCCUGCAUCAGUGGGACCCUGGGGUUUCUGUGCCAAUUCUUCAGCGGCCGGCUGUUCACGGCUCCCCUGGGUGUGAGGGGUCUCUAGCCCCAUGCGGUCCUGUCUCACUGCCUGGUCAGCCCAAGCAGGUGCCUCAGCCCCUCAGGCCUCGCUUUCCCACCCGCACGGGCGCUGUUGUUGAGGUCCUUCUCUUCUGGAGAGGGGGCUUGACCAGGUCACCUCCGCUCCCUCCCAGCCCCUAGGUUUGUGGCCCGUUGUGUGAGUGUGCACACUUGUACUCCAGACACCAGCAGGGAUGGCCCCUCAUGGGUGCACUGCCCUCCAAGUUUACGCAGCCCUGCCAGGCCAUUAGUGACCUUGUUUCCCACAACAGUCCCGGGGGUGGGGUAGGUCGACGCAGACGCGGGGCUGAGAGAGGUGACCCAGUCAAAUCCAAGUCCUUGCCCCACCCUGCAGUCAAGAAUGUGGUGUCUGGUAGUGGGGACGGCGUCACCAGCUGGGGCCUCGCUGCGGCCCAUGCUCGGGGAUUUUCCUCCCAGAAAGACUCGACCAGCUGGGCUGUGGAGCUUGGUCAGGCCCCGUGCUGGGUGCCGGGGGUUGGGGCGUGAGCAUGGCUGUGCCCUGCCUUUGAGGGGCUCCCGCUGUGGUUGGGGAGAGAGCCUGGGGAGCGGCUGCCCAACAGUGCCCGAGGGGACGCGAGGUCAGGAGGCCCCUGCAGGCCACUGCUCAGCUGGCUCCUGAAGGACAGGGACCACAGUGCCACCCGUGGGAGCCACACAUGCCUAGCAGAGGCGGCCUGGAGCAUCACGGGGUGUCAAUGUCCUGGGGGCCUGGGGGAGGCGGUGUUCAGGGGUGAAGCUGAGAGAGUCGGCAGAGCUGGUCUGCAGGGCUCCAAGUGCCAGGCCGGGGAGCUAGUGUCCUGGUGAUGGGGCCUUUGAACUGGAGACAGCAUGAGGGGGGAGAGCCGGCCUGACGGGCUCGCUGUACCCGUCCCUCUAUAGCUGUCAACUCGUGGCCCAUCUCCUUUCCCCUCCACCCCCACUUCCCCCAGGCAGCGUAUCAUUUCAUCCAUAGAUAUUUCUGGAUGCAUCUCUGGAUGAUAAGGACAUGUUAAAAACAAAACAGAACAACAACAAAAACAUAACCAUAAUAGCAUAACACAACUAAAAUAAUUUUACAAUUAUUUCUUAAUAUCAUCAAAUAGCCAGUAAAUGUUCUGGGUUCCAAAUUGUGCCAUACAUGUGUGUGUGUGUGUGUUUGCUGGAACCAGAUCCAAACAAAGGUCCAUACUGCAAUUGGUUGGUCCCCUUCAUCUUUUCAUUUUUUUCCUUGCAAUUUAUUUGCUAAAGAAACCAGCCGUCCUGUGGCGUUUCUAUCUGGAUUUUGCUGGCUGCCUUUUCCUGGUGCCUCCGAACACGAGCUCCUUCCCCUGCAUCUCCUGUCAGCUAGGACUCACUUCUGGAAGCUUGAUAAGGUUCAGGUACAAAUUUUUGUCGUGACUGCUUCAUAGGAGACACUGUGUACUUCUCUCCGGAGGCACAUGGUGUCUGGUUGUCUCUCUUUUUUUGAGAUGUUAGAAGCCACUGAUGAUCCUAAGCUGUGAAGGUUAGAAGCCACGAUUGCCUAAAUCCAUGAUUUGUCAGUGGUUGCAAAAUAGUAGGAACCUCAUAUUCUAAUUUCUUAGCUGGAAUUCAUCUCCAGAUACGAAGCUCUGUUCGUCUGCUAUUGGUUAACCUCUGGUGCAGUUUGUAUAGAAAAGGCAGGAUAAAUCCUCGGUUCUUUCCCUUAAUUUUCCAUUUUCAAAAAAAUGAGUUGAGGGGCCGGCCCCAUGGAG